CUAUUUCAUUAUUAUUAUUAUUAUCAUUCCAGCUUCACCCAUGGGCACUGACAUGUGAAAAGCGUGCUAUUUCUCUCUUCGAAUCAAUAAACCCGACAACAAACAGACGCUAUGAAAUUCAGCUCAAGGGAGCGGGUCUAACCCCAUACUCUCGUUUCGCCGAUGGCAAGGCAGUCCUCCGCUCCAGUAUUCGGGAGUUUAUUGUCUCCGAAGGUUGGUAGCUGUCAAUGCAUCUGCAGACUUGACGGUAAAGCUCACCAUUCUCUAGCACUAAACGCACUGGGUAUCCCAACUACCCGCGCUCUGUCUCUAACUCUCUUGCCAAACUGUAGUGUCAGGAGAGAAAGGCUAGAGCCCGGUGCCAUAGUCACUCGUUUUGCAGAGUCGUGGAUUAGAAUUGGCACAUUUGACUUGUUACGUGCUAGAAGUGACUUGAAGCUCACCCGCCAGCUUGCCACUUACGUUGCCGAAGAUGUAUUCCAUGGUUGGGAGUCACUCCCGGCUGCCCUGCCCACUACUCAGGACAAAGAAAAACCUGUUGAUGGAAAAUUGAUAGACAACCCUCCUCGGGGAGUGCCCAAAGACGAGAUCCAAGGUGAGAAGGGAGCAGAAGAGAACAGGUUUGCUAGGCUAUAUAGAGAAAUUGUUCGGCGCAACGCAAAGACGGUAGCUGCCUGGCAGGCAUAUGGCUUCAUGAAUGGCGUGCUCAAUACCGACAACACCUCCAUUUUCGGCCUGUCGCUUGACUUUGGCCCAUUUGCCUCCAUGGACAACUUUGAUCCAAGCUACACGCCCAACCAUGACGACGAGAUGCUGCGGUACUCAUACAAGAAUCAACCAUCAGUGAUCUGGUGGAAUCUGGUGCGUCUAGGAGAAUCAUUCGCCCAACUAAUAGGAAUUGGCGACAAGAUUGACGACGAAGCCUUCCUAUCCAAUGGACUGAGCGAAGAACAAACGUCAGAUGUCAUUGCUCGAGCUGAGAAACUCAUCGACCAAGCUGGAGAUGAGUUUAAAACGGUUUUCCUAAAUGAAUACAAGCGCCUCAUGUCUACACGUUUGGGGCUUAAAACGCAAAAGGAAUCUGAUUUUAAUGAACUGUUUUCGAACCUUCUCGACACUCUCGAGAAACUAGAGUUGGACUUUAAUCACUUCUUUAGAAGGUUAUCAGGACUCACCGUGGCGGAGAUAGAUAGCGACGAGAAGAGGAAAAAGGCGGCCAGCUUGUUCUUCCACGACGAAGGCGUUGGCGGCGUCGGAAAUACUGAGGAGUCCGCACGGGAGAGCGUUGCUAAGUGGCUUUCAUCAUGGAGAGAGCGAAUAGUAGAGGACUGGACCGGUCGUGAAGAUGAGGAGCGGAUACGCUCCAUGAAGGGAGUGAAUCCAAAGUUUAUUCCUCGAUCGUGGAUCCUCGAUGAAGUGAUCCAGCGUGUUGAGAAGCAGGGCGACAGGGAGAUUCUGGGUCGAACCAUGAACAUGGCCCUCCACCCAUUCCAAGAAGAAUGGGGCAUCAACAGGGAAGAGGAGGAGAGAUUCUGCGGCGAUGUACCCCGAUUCAAGAGGAUGGCAAUGUGCAGCUGCAGCUCAUGAGUUCCUUGCUCUCCCCAGUUUGUUUUAUCUUGUUCGGGUCUGGACCAGUUAAGACCCUCGGGUAGAUAUGAUGAUAUAUCCCCUUCCUUGACUGUGGCGAACAAAUUCAAUUCUAUUUACUUCAUGACGUUUACCUAGAUUCAAUGCGAGCGUCAAUUCAAAAAUUGACUUCAUCACUCUACUUAAACUCCAGCAUG